UUGUAAGUCUCGGUUAGCAUUCCCUUGUUUUAAGCACUCCAAUUUAAGCGUUAUUCUUACCUUCUGCUUCAGGUUCAAGCCAUGGGCGAUGACCUGUGCGAGAUUCCAGAAGAGUCUCCAGUGUCUUCGAACUCGCUGAGUCCAACCAAACAGUGACACCAGAGCUUGCUUUGAAGCAACAAAGGAAGCAUCAAGAGCGAGGAAUUCGAUGGGUUUAUGCACGCGUUGAAGGACCAGUUCACUAAAAGAUAUCAUUCAUCUACCAAAGUUGAGAAGUUAGUCUGUGAAAGGAAAGAAGAGAGUAUUACUAAAUCUAUUUGGAGGCCUUGUCAGUCUAAGAAAUCUGAACCUUUAAGAAACAUAAAGACACACACGGUAUCUAAUUAUUCAAAAAGUAAUGUUAAAAGCCAACCCAUUCAAGAAAGAAGAAUGAAAGCCUUUUCACCUUUUAAAUUAGAGUUGAAGAAGAUGGUACAUGAAAAAUCUGAAUUAACUCCUAUCAUUGAACCCCUGAUCACGAUGAAUGAUAUUGAUCCAGAAGAUAAGCUAAAUUAAUUGUAACUUAAUUACUUCUAAAAUUUUA